AUGGCUCAAUCAAAUUCUUCUAAUAUAGUCGGAGUCCAUUAUAAGGUUGGGAAGAAGAUUGGAGAAGGAUCGUUUGGAAUAAUUUUUGAAGGUAUAAACCUUUUAAACAAUCAACAAGUUGCUAUAAAGUUUGAACCAAGAAAAUGUGAAGCGCCGCAGUUGAGAGAUGAAUAUCGGUCGUAUAGAAUCUUGAGUGGUGUAAAAGGGUUUCCCCAAGCAUAUUUUUUUGGUCAAGAAGGUGUUCAUAAUAUAUUAGUUAUUGAUUUAUUGGGGCCUUCUUUGGAAGAUUUAUUCGAUUGGUGUGGUAGAAAAUUUUCGAUUAAAACGGUAAUCCAAAUUGCAAAGCAAAUGAUAGAAAGAGUAGAAUCGAUCCACGAACACAACUUGAUAUACAGGGAUAUCAAGCCUGAUAACUUUUUGAUUGGAAAACCAGGCACACCAGAAGCAAAUCAAGUGUACAUGGUAGAUUUUGGAAUGACCAAGCAAUAUAGAGACCCUAAAACUAAGACACAUAUCCCUUAUAGAGAGAAAAAGGCAUUAAGUGGAACCGCUCGCUAUAUGUCUAUAAACACACACUUAGGUAGAGAACAGCUGAGACGAGACGACUUAGAGAGUUUAGGACAUGUGUUUAUGUAUUUCCUACGUGGCUCGCUUCCAUGGCAGGGAUUGAAAGCACCAACAAACAAGCAAAAGUAUGAAAAGAUUGGGUUGAAGAAACAAACUACUUCGAUCAAUGAGCUUUGCUACGGAUUUCCAAUUCAAUUUGCGCAAUAUUUGAAGUAUGUUAGAAAUUUAAGAUUUGACGAAGAUCCUGACUACAAUUACUUAACAUCAUUGAUGGACAAGGCUUUAAUAUCAAUUGACGUUAAAGAAGAUCAACAUUACGAUUGGAUGGAUUUGAAUAACGGAAAAGGGUGGGAUGCUGCUUUGAAUAAGAAAGCAAAUUUGCAUGGCUACGGAAAUCCGCAUCCUCCGCAACCCCCACAAAAGAAGAACGUUUCAAACUCAAGAAAUCUAUUGCGAAAUCUGGCUUCUGGUAGUAAGAAUUUAAAGACAUCGAGAUCAAAAUCACACUCAAUAUCCUAUGGCAAUUACCAAUCUAUAACGCAAGAUGGAGCAAAUUAUCCUUUUCAAAAUAAACAACCAGGUAAUCAGCAUCUUAAUCAUUCUCACGACUUAGUACCUGUGAGAGACAAUGGUGAAUUACACUCAGAGAAUUCUAGUUUUAACGAAAGACGGAAACGUGAGAGGGGGAUCUUGCGAUACAUAUUAUGCUGCUGUUACUAA